AUGUCUGCUACCUUGUGCCCGGCAAGGAUCAUAUCGCGGGAUGAGUUUAUCGCUCUUCAUGGAGAAACACCAAUCUGCAAAAUUGCUGGUUUUCAGCCAGCGCGCAUAUAUCCUGACUAUAUGCAUGUGGUGCACUUGGCCCUUGGCGUUGAUGCGGUGUCAAGCGUGAUUUUGGAUCUUUGCGACCACCCAGCCCUGAUUGAGGGGAACACCAGAGAUGAGAAACUCAGCAAACUACACGCAAACUACAAGGAAUGGUGUGAAGCGACCAGCGUGAGUGACCGUGCUGCCCGUAAAUUUUUUACUGCAGCUGUACUUCGGCCAGCUGGUGGUGCUCAGUAUACUGCUGUGAGUCAAAAAAUUUUGUCGGCGACGGCGUGUCGCUAUCUCAUUCUAUGGCUGUCAAGACUCCUGAUGGAAAUCGAUUUGGAUGACGAUGUGCACACGUAG